AUGAUCCAUAUCGCGACUAUUACCGCCCUCUUUAUCGCAAUCGUUGUCAAACUAUUUCCACAACAUGUUCCACAACUUGCAUUCCAUCUUCCAGCCUGGCUCAUCUACUCUUUCUACAUUCUCCUCGUGCUGCGUUGGCCAGUAGCGCCGUUUGUGCUCAACAAGCUCUCCAAAGGCAAAGCCAUUGUUGACUCGGUCAGCUUGCGCUCUAUCAAGGGCAUACGCUUUACUAUUCCCAAUCUCGUCAAAGUCGAGUGUGACCGUCUGGGCUAUUCGGUCCAUCUCUUUGGCAAGAAGGCCAACCGGCGCAUCGGAGUCACAUUUGACGGUCUCAGGCUAACAAUUAUUCAUAUUCCUUCCAAGAAACAUGCUCCCAGUAAGCAGAGGAGCGCCUCGCUCGGCUCAACAGACGCGCCUCCAGUCCCACAUGCGUCUGCCGACAACGAACAAGAGGAAAAGGCAUCUCCCAUUCUCGAAUGGCUUAAGAAAAUUCUCCCAGAUAUCUGGGUCCAAGCACUCGACGACGCCUCGCGCGCCUGGAUUCGACAAAUUGUCAGCCUAUCGUUUGAUUUUAUCCUCCAAGUCGCGCCCUCUAUCAUCUCCACACUUUCCGUCAGGUUUUCCAAUGUUCAAAUCACGUUUGUUGAGCUCAAUGGCGUCAACUUUACGCUGUCAAAGGCCUCCAUUGGCGUAUAUGUCGCGCUCGAGGUCGUCCCCGAACACCAAAUGACCGAGGAGCAGCGUAAAAACUUGCGUGCUGCACAGCGGAUGAAGGCAAAGUCGUGGAAGGACAGGUUCACCGGCAGCCUCUCGAGGACUUUCCAGGCUGCGUGGAAGGGCCGUCAGGGCACGGCAUCGCUCACGCUCAAGCUGGAAAAGUUCACUCUCUUCAAUCCUACCCCGCCUCCUUCCAAGCGGGCCCGGGCUCAGUCAACAGUGUCGACCGACUCUGGAUGGGUUCACUUCAGCGACAUUAAUGUCGAUGCACCCGAAAAUGCCGUCCUACACAUUCCAGGAGAGAGCAAGUUCUCAGUCAGGUGUGAUUUUGACCCCCGGAAAGGCAAGAUUGCCAACCAUAGCGUGCGAAUGCAUGCGGGUGUCGCAGAUGUCACGGUAUUCGUCGACGUACUGCAAAAGCUCAUCAGUGACAUUCAGUCAAUGAUGCCAAAGAACUCGAAUGUUUACGAGCCUCUUCCAGCUUCGCCGAUGCCCACCUUUAGCCCAAUCUCGUCGCCACCCACCUCUCCACAAAUUGUGCCAACUCCCACAUCCGCCCUUCCAGAAUCCAUGCCAACGUCACCAGUAUUAUCUCCAAAGAGUGGACGGUUUUCGUUCUCCCCUGCGCGCGCCAAAGCCGCCAAGCCAAAGAAGGAUCUUAAUAUUAUGAAUUAUUUUAACAGCGUGGGAGUCACGAUGCCACGCUUUACUCUGCAAUAUACGUCGACAAAGAGCCGAGAACCCAUACAGUACAAGAGUCAAAUCGUUGGUCUCGAUUUUGGAGUCAAGCUGAGCGAUCCGCAAACGGACGUCAUUCACGUCAAGUGGUUGGGAAAGACUGGUCGACCCAACCUAGAGACAUGUAUGGCCUGGUUCCGCUUUACAGAUGUCAUCGUUCACCGGGAUCACAACAUCUCGAACGAAGACGGCAUGAUGCGUAUCGUCAAAACAGCGGGACUGGACGCUCAAGUGCUCCUUCACCAGUUUCCCUCGCCCAUGAUCAAGCGUAUUGGAGAUACCACUGAGGCCUUCGUCGCCUGUGAGGUGGAAAUGGAGAGUAUAGAGGCCACUGAGAAUCUUGAUUUGAUUCGCAAAAGGCUUGCUCGUCCAGCCUUGCCAAAGCGUCGCAAGACAUCUCAAGAGCAACAGAAGAGGAUAUUCACGGAUAUUCCACGAAUUGCUGUGGAUGUCCGAAUCGGGGAGAUCAAGGGACGUGUCAUUUGCGAUGACGAGAAAGCGUUUCCUCACGACGUCGCUUUGGAUGCUCAGCUCGAUGCAGCAGAGCUACAUAUACGGUCCGACUAUGACCAGUUCAAGGCUCCUCAACGAACGGCCCGCAGAGAUCGUGGUUCAGACUGUUACCCACAGCUAAACUUCAACGUCAAUGCGGCCGUUCACUCGCCGUUUGUCCGCAUGUCUCAUGCUGGAGCUGAAGAGGACAGUGAUUCACCAAUGCGACAGAGGCUUGGAGCACCAUCGCAUGGUGGUGCUUGCAAGCAAGACGACCCAAUCUUCUUGAUGGAAGGACUCGAAUUCGGCGCCAGUGGAACACUUUUAGGACGGUGGAGCAACGAUAUCAUUGUCCUUGAUAGUGCCUCACUCAUGACGGAGGCCCAUCUCAUCAUCGACACUGUGCGGAUCGAGCUGUGGACUUUGUCUUCGCUGAACAUCCUUACCUACUUCCUACAACAAGUCAAAUACGCGUCGGCCAAAUCAAAGAGAGGGGCGCCGAAAGCUUCAUUGCAAGCAAUUCCAUCGACGAAUCUCCUGGAUGCUCUCCCCUCUGGUCUCCAGUUUCAGGCCGCUAUUGGGUCCUUCACCGUUGGAGCUACCGGCGUCGACAUCAAUCCUGACUGUACUCUCGAGCUCCAUCGCGGCAUUUUCUUCAGCACGAGCUUCAUGUUCCGCUACGCCUCGGUUCAAACGGCACUACACAACGCCCGCGCGAGGGACAGGUUCAAGAAAGCCCUGUCCCGCGACCAGUUGCGUCUCUCGGAGGACCUCCUGAUGCAGGCAUUCUCAUAUGCGAAUCAGAGCGACGACCCACGAGCCAUUUCGGGCCUCACAGAGGUUCUAUUCUCUAACACAACGUUGAGACGUAUCGUUGGGAAUCAAUUUGGUGUCGAGGAUAGCUAUCUCGAAGAAGUGCCGAAGAAUGUGGGUGCCAAUGGCCUGACCUUGUCCAUUCCCCGGAUGCGCCUGCGAUCGUUUAUGACGCGAAGACCCACCGAAAAUGCUGAAUUGGUUGACAAUGUGAACGUCACGCUGGACGUCAACGUUAUUAGUGCACAUUUACAGCUACUUGACGCGUACUGUGCUCUUCUAGCCGUUCAAACCGUGAAGCAUGUUCUGGGUGCGGAGAGGAAGCUAAAAAAUAAGGAAGAAUCGCAGCAGUCCCUGACAACUGGGACUCCGAAGAGGAUCAGUUUCGACGUUACGACACAGAUUGCCGCAGCCCAACUUAUUUGCCUCCUUCCCAUCGGUCAAGUCCUCCAGGCUCGAUUAAACGUUUUCACUGCGCGCGCUAGCGACUCAAAGGAGGUCGAAGUCAAAUGGACUGCGGCGUCUGUUCUUGUGCCAAGCGGUGUACAACGCGUGCAUCGAAAGUGGGAGGAGAUUGGACGACUUCCAUCGUGGCGCAUCUUGCUCGGUCCCGACAAGUUGUCUGGCAAAUUGUCGAUUCAGGUGUAUGGCGACUGUGCGCGUAUCCGCAUCCCUAAUGGCUUUAUUCUCUCGGACACAAUUUUAUCGGUCACCGUAGCCGUCAAAGCGAUGAAGCACCUCGUUGAUAUUACGACCGCAGGUGUCUACGCCAGGAUGCCUGUCCCGCCUAGCGAACCAGCGAAGCAUGUGCCAAACAUUCACGUCCAAAUCGACAGUUUGAUGUUCGAGGCUACUGACUCGCCGAUCGAAGCCCGCCUUAGCCUGGCAUUCCGAAAUAAUCUACUGGCACAACGAACGCGCGUCGAGCACGAGGAAGCCUUUGAAGCCAAGGUUGCGAAGAUCGAGGCGGAGAAGAACUCCAGUGGGAGCACAAGCCGCGUUGGCGAGUGGAACUUUACGAGCGAGCACUCUGUACAGAUUGGAGAGGCUAGACAGCGCCUUCGCGAGCUGUUUUCCAAUAUGUGGAUCAGUCAAAUACAAGACGCUCGUGCGAUUGCCAUGGUAAAGGAGGAGAAUCUCACGAUGAGAUUCAGAGAGGGUAAGACAGUUCAUAUGGAUGAAGUCAUCCCACUUCCACUCUACGUCCCACCAAACCUCCCGCCUCUCUUCCGACUCACUCUCAAUGGCGUGUCCGUCGCUGUCCAAGCACCCAAGUGGAGUGAGGAAGACCGAGCCACCUUUAUGGAGGAUCUUGGAAACGGCCUCCCUCGGGACACAGAAUUCACCCUGUUGAUUCCCUUGCACCUCGAGGUUGGAGUAGAUAGCGCAAGAUUCAGCCUUCGGGACCUUCCCUUACCUCUUCUCAACGUCCCGCCGAAUUCGAGCGGAAAGGCACUCACCUUCGCUACGGAUCUGGUUAUCGGAGAAGAAAUAGGUCCAGAUUCGUCUGUGCGAUGGGUAGAGUGUGAUAUCGCGACCCCGAACGCUGAUGCGCCGGGGGCGGCGCCAUUCAACGUUCUCAUCCCAAAGACUACUAUGCCGGUCAAGACGUACGCUCAGCCCGAGGUCAACGUCAAAACGUCUGGGAUCACCGAUUUGUGUUGGGGUGUCUCUUUCCUGCCGGUCAUGCAAGAGGUCAUGAAAGUCAUUGACAAUAUGAGUACCAUACCCGUGGAUCCAUCCCCUCCACUCGGAUUCUGGGACAAGUUGCGCUUGAUCCUCCACUGGCGUGUAAACGUCAAGUUUGCAGGCGAAGUGCACGUUCAUCUCAAAGGCUCUCGUGACGCGUGGAAGACAUCUGGAUCAGCUGUUGGGAUCGCUCUCUGCGCAAGGCGCAACACACGCAUCACAGUUGGACAUCCCAACCCUCAGGGAGAACUCGUUCAACUCAUCAGUGACGAUAUGUUGAUUGUUGUGCCUUCCCUCAAGCACUUUGAAAAUGCACCGUCUGGUCUAUCAUCCCUGGAUUAUGAAUUAGGCCCUGGAAGUCGUCAGCCACAGAAAGUGGUGGCAAAACUCACUAGCGGUGUCCGUAUCGGCAUGGGCUUUGCCUUGGAGCGAACUUGCCGCUCUGAUUGCGCGACAUGUCCUAAGGAUGCGGAUGCCUUUCAUCGCUCCUGCCGCCUAUUUGACUUCAAGCCUCACUAUGAAGUUGCGUUACGAGUCGACGACGACAAGUCGAAGGAUUCGUUCGAGGGCUUUCGAUCCGACUUCAUCCAUACGAGCAUCUCAUUGCACUCACCGGCUGAUGUGACACCAGGCGAACACAUCUCGCCAAAUAGCGUUCAUCUUACUCCCCGCGUCUUUGCCCAUUUCUGGUCCUGGUUACGUCUUUUUGACAAUGCAUUGGCGCUUCCUAUCCGCCAAGGCAAAAUGUGGCCCGACACACGGCCUCCGUCAGAGAAGAUUGGACGACACAUCGCUACACUCAAGAUGCGAUUUUGUUUGGACAACCUCUCUAUCUCCCACACGUACAAGCAAGACUCUCAAGAGGCCUGGUCAAAUGGCGAAGUCCCAGCGGUCGGUGUCAAAGCCAUGGUCAGAUCUUUGCGUGCAGAUCUUCACCAACGAGACCAAGAACUCCGCACUACGAAUCCAGAGACAGGAGAAUUCAAGUAUACCCGCAGCAAAGCACUCUAUGGAGCAGAGCUCCGCAUGACAGACAUUUUCAUGCGUGCUGUUGUGGCGAUACACCGUGAACCAGACCUGCAAUCAGUGGCCGAAGAUCUGGAAGUUGAUUACGACUCCCCGUACAACAUUGCCCCUCCCGCCUCGACCAGCGAUCCAGCAUUUGACCCUGACGACUAUACCGAGUUGGAUUGGCUUCCCACCGAUCAAGCGCCGCGCUUCUAUAUGGGUGAAGUUGCGUCAUGUCCCGAGUUCAGCUUUGUCAAGAAGAUUGAAGUUCUGCGUCAACCGUCCGACGACCCGACACACGGUGUUCCGAAGAUGAGCAAGUUUGGCGCCGAAGAUUCUCAUGUUUGUCUAAUGGGUGGAGAUGUCGAUCCACGAAACGUGCACCAAACAAUGGCCGAGUCUCGGAAAAGAGUGUUAGAGGCUGAGCUAUCUCGCCUCGAUCCCGCAAACCGACUCUAUGAGACCAAGAGAGCCAGUCUUAUGCAACGCAUCGAUCUGCUUGCAGUCUAUAUUGAAAAACUUCUCCACCCUCCACCUUCGGCGACACCCAGUCGUUUAGAGGGGUCUUUACAUGGGAACUGGUCAGCAUCCGACUGGGAGUCAUUCGACAAUCUUUACCAUGUGUACGCUCCCAAACUGAGCCUGAACAAUGGCACGCGUAACAUUCUGUUGCAAUACUAUUACGAGUCCAGGAAGCGCAGAGGUUUCGAAUACCACAUGGCAUCUAGUGCUGUGCGCUUUAUUCGCGAACACGCCAUGGCAGUUGAGUCACGAAAGGAGGAAGACCAUCCAACCAAAGCCGAACCAAUGCCAACUGUGACGAGGAGCAAGUCUACAAACGCUGUUAAACGUCUCUUCACCCGAACCGCUGAACCGCGCAAGCAACAGGACCCCAUUGCUGGGCCAGCAGAUGUCGAUGAGAAUCUCGGUGCCCACCAUAACACGGUCACAAACCAGUCACACUUUUGCCUCCUGUUCAAGCCUCAGAUCGUUCUGAGAAGUAACUUGGACGAUGAGAGUGUAAUUAUCAUAGCCGCCAACGAUGCAGCCGUCCAAACCACAAAUGUCAUGGAUGGAAAGUCUGACGAUCCUGUCGAUGGCCAUGUUUUGACAAAGAUUCAUUUCAUCCUGAGCGGCAUGCAAAUCUUCUCGCCCUCUCCAGUUUGGGCCGACGCUUCAACUGGAAUUCAGCUGCCUUAUGAGGUAUUCUUGGACGAUCGAUGCGAAACAGUCGAGUAUGAUCGUAUCGUGCGACAUACCAGCUGCUUGGUGCAAUACGACAAGUACAACCGCCUUCGGCUUCGAACUAGUUCUCAAAGCACCCCACAAACCGAUUUGCUCCUCGCCAACGUCCCCCGCUUCACACUGCAAGCCAACUCGGAUCAUUUCACGUCUCUCUACAACGUCGUCACAGAUCUUCUACUCUACUCAGACCCUUCUAACAGAAUUAGACUCGACCGCCUGGAGAAUUUCAUUUUCAACGAUGAUAUCAGUGAUUCUGCGACGACAGCAACGGAAAUCUCAUUGCGGCAAGGUCGCAUACGCGCUCUCAGUGAGCAGUUAAACGACUUUACCCAGCGUCAGGGUGACUUGCGUUCAUCCGAGCGCCUGGAGAUGAACAGGAUAGCCUCAAGGAUGAUGAUCCAAACAGAAGAGCUUGGGCUCAUCUUCGACGCUAUCCAGAGCGUUCAACAACGAGACGAACAAUCUUCGAGCAACAAAGCAGGAAUCCGACUAGAGGCUUCGUCAAGCGAGAUUACAUGGAACCUGAUGGACAAGGACGGAAGCCUCUUUAUGCGUCUAGCUCUGCGUGCUAUCGACUUCCUCUGGAUUAGCGCACAAGACGGUUCAUCAUCGAAUAAACUGAAGAUAAAGGAUCUGGAGGCAUUGGAUGCAAGACCAAACGCCAAAUUCCCUGAGAUGAUAUCCAAGCAAACCAAAUGGCUCACCGACCAUCCAAUGGCAAAGAAGGACACUUUGAUCGAAGUUGUCUGGAAAACGGAAGCCCCAGUGGGUGGCAUCUCCAUCCUCAGGAAUUUUGACUUUUCCUUUCAUCCUAUCAACGCUCAGUUUGAUGCGUCUGUCGGCCACAAACUCCAGACCUACAUUUUCCCCAAGGAUCGAUCUGCGCGUUAUCAUUCAACUUCACCAGAGCUCGCUGACACAGAGAGCGAUACCCGAAAGUCACCAGACUCACCAGAUAGCCAAAGCACUUUCGACGUCCCAUCUCGUAAUUCACUUGAUGAAAGGUCUAGUCGCUCUCUCCUCCGGCCCCCAAGACCAUCAUCGCGAUCCUCAUCCCAUUCGGAUAUUGGGCGCGGCGAACGAGAUGCACCAAGACUGCGGCGUGCUCGUUCUAACCAGAAUCUGGAGGUACCUGGACGACAAGAGGCUGCCAGUGGAGCAAUGACAAAAGGCAAGGCCAAAGUAAGCGAGGGUGUCGCCGAGAUGAGGGCCCGCUCGGCUGAGAACCGUACCUUUGUGGCUGCCUGUAUCAACGCACGAGAUAAGGACUUGUCGAUCAUCAUUCCAGAUAUCCACCAGCUGAACAUCGAAACGCCCAGGAUCGAGUUUGGCAACCGUACAUGCUCCUUCCAUGACAUCGUUGUCGAGUUCAAAUGGGACUUUAUCACACUGACCAGCAAUGUCGUUCUCAGUGCCAGCGGUCUCAAGAGCUUCAAGUUUAGCGGUAUCAGAGAUCGGUUUACUCCUGGCAAGCGACACGCUACUCCCACGCGUGCAGAGGGGCCCACCAAACCAGCUCACCGACAACUCACGGCAUCUGGUUCGGAUGUACCCUCCUCCACUGAGACAUCCAGUCUCUCAGACUCACCCUUUGGGUCUACUCCGCGCAUCUCUACGUCCUCUCACACGACAGCUAUGGGCACCGGACGCAAGUCGACGUCAAGCUCGCAUGCGACGGGCUUUGGUCGCCGGCAUGGCUCGACCGAUUCUGGACAUAGAGGCGUUUCCGAUCACGAAGAGUCUGAAAGCGGUACAAGUGGACCUAGACGCAAGUUGAUGGCAUUGCUCCACCGAACAGCCUCUCCUCGUAACUCGCCCUCCAUGAAACUCUCGUCACUCACUCCUAAUCCACCUCCCAAUCCUUAG